AUGGGCUGUGGAAAUAGUUCAAGUGUACACGUUGUUUCGGAUACUUCUUUAUCUGAACCUAACAUUAAUAAUCAACAAAGCAUAUCCAUAAGUGAUACUGAAAAACUAUUACCUGGCAUUUCAUUACAGAAAAAUAAAAGAAAAAGUAUAACGAGUAAUGAAUCACAUUCAAAUGUUCAGGUGUAUAAUAUUAAGAAUCCGUCAACACAUUCAUCGCAUGAUGUCAAUCAAAACAUAGUCAUUAUUUGGGCAGAUGCAAAUAUUGAUCAAUCGAAAAAAACGUAUCAUGAUUCCAUAACAAAACUUCAACGUAUUACACCAGCGGUUUAUUCAUGUACAAAUUCUGCACAAUGCAUCAAUUAUCUCGAUAAUAUUAAUGAUAAAAAAAUCUUUCUAAUCGUAUCGGAUGGUUUGGGAGAAGAACUUGUACCACUUGUUCAUGACAAACCGCAACUCGACGCCAUUUACAUAUAUAGUCAAGUAAAAAGGCAACGUCUACCUUGGGCAAAUAAAUGGUCACAGAAAGUGAAAGAAAUCUUGUUCACUAUGGAAGAUAUCUAUCAAAAGAUCAAGGCUGAUAGUGGUUUAGUUGGUAGCUUGACACCGAUCAGUAUCAUACGCCGAAUGGAUGUUCCGAGCUCGACUGCAAACGAACUAGAUCAAUCAUUCAUGUAUACACAAUUGCUGAAAGAGAUUCUGUUAGAAAUGAAACAUGAUCCUGAAGCAAAAGCUAAACUAGUCGAAUAUUGUCGACCAAAAUAUGCGGAUGAUAUUCUUCAAUUGGGUCUUAUUGAUGAAUUUGCUAUCGAAUAUAACAAUCGUUUAGCUAUUGAAUGGUAUACAAAAGAAUCCUUCCUUUAUGGGUCACUAAAUCGAGCUUUAAGAACACAAGAUAUCGAGAUGAUCAUGAAAAUGGGAUUCUUUCUACAAGAUCUUCAUCAGCAAAUUGUAGAAAUGCAUAAAGCACAAUCAGAAACACGUGAUAAUGAUACGUUCACUGUUUACCGAGGACAGGGUAUGGCACUCGAGGAACUGGAAAAGAUAGAAGCAAGUCAGGGUGGCCUUCUCUCGUUCAACAAUUUCCUAUCAACAACUAUCGAUGAAAAAAUCGCUAUAGACUUUGCAGAAAAAGUACACAAGAAUUCAAAAGUUGUAGCGAUCAUCUUUCAGAUGGAAAUUAAUCCAAAGAAAUCCUCGGUUCCUUUUGCUUUUAUCGACAAAGCGAGUAAAUAUGAAUAUGAAGGUGAAAAACUUUUCUCGAUGCAUACCGUCUUUCGGAUUAUGGGUGCACGAAAACUGUCUGCUGGAUUUUGGCAAGUCAAUUUAACUUUAACAAGUGAUAAUGAUCCACAACUGAAACUUCUUUCUGAUUAUAUGCGAAAAGAGCUUGGUGAAGGUGAUUCACUUAGCAAACUUGGUCAUUUAAUGCUUAAAAUGGGUGAAUUCGAUCAAGCUCAUGAUAUAUACGGUUCACAAUUAGAUUCAUCAGACAAACAGAAUUGGCGUAGACAUUCUUAUCUGAAUCAUCAACUCGGUUGGGUUUUCAGUCAGAAAGGAGAGUACAAAACUGCACUUUCAUACUAUGAGAAGGCACUCAAUGGUAAACUGGAUUUUCUACAACCAGAUGAUCCAGUGUUAGCUCCAACUUAUCAUAAUAUCGCUGGUGUUCAUCGAUCACUGGGUGAUUAUACAGCUGCACUUACAUCAUAUCAAAAAGCAUUAGCUAUAGAAGAGAAAUCUCUUCCUCCUGAUGAUCCUCUACUCGCUACAACAUAUACCAGCGUCGGUUUAGUGCAUCGAAAAUUAGCGAAAUAUGACAAGGCACUUUCCUUAUACCAGAAGGCUCUCGCAAUUCGACAGAAAACACUUCCACCAAAUCAUCCGGAUUGUGGAUCUAUGUUCAGCAACAUUAGUGGGCUCCAUCAAGAUAUGGGCGAUUACUCAAAAGCUCUUGAAUUCUCCCAGAAAGCACUUGAUGUUUAUAAGAAAUCCCUUCCACCAAAGCAUCCAGAUCUAGCUACAAGCUAUGGUAAUUUUGGAUCUGUUUACAGUUUCCUGGGCGACUAUGUAAAAGCACUGGAAUAUUACGAAAAAGCACGUGAGAUCCGAGAAUUAUCUCUUCCUGCUAAUCAUCCAGAUAACGCUAGCACCUAUAGUUGUCUCGGCUCAGUAUAUAAUCAUAUGGAAGAUUAUUCUAAGGCACUUUCAUGUUUUGAACAAGCACUGGUGAUUCAAAAAGUUGCUUUUCCUGAGAAUCAUCUGAUUUUUGCUAAUACUUACAAUCAUUUUGGAUCCGUAUACAGCUCGAUGGAUGAUAACUCAAAGGCGUUAUCAUAUUAUCAAAAAGCCUUUGAAAUUCAAGAACGUGCGCUUCCUCCAAAUCAUCCCGAUAUAGCUAAUAGUUACAAUAAUCUCGGUACUAUUUAUAGUUCGAUGGGAGAUAAACAAAAAGCUCUAUCGUUUUACGAAAAAUCACUUAAAAUCGAAAAAAUUUCGUUGCCUUCGACUCACCCAUCUCUCGUUACUUCCUACAACAAUAUCGGGACUAUUUAUCAAUCUAUGACUCAAUACUCUACGGCACUUUCUUCAUAUCAGAAAGCGUACGAAAUCUGUCAAAAUAAUCCCCAACUUUGUCAAUCGGAUAAAGCAGCUACGACUUUGAACAAGAUUGGUUCAGCACAUCAUGCGAUGAAAGAAUAUACUACCGCCCUUUCUUUUUUCGACAAAGCAUUCGAAAUAUUAAGUAAAUCUCUUACACCUAACAACCGUGAUUUAAUUAUUACAUAUAACAACUUCGGUUUAGUCUAUCACGCAAUGAAUGAAUAUCAGAAGGCACUCUUGUAUUAUGAAAAAACACUUGACCUUGAACGAAAAUCACUUCCUAAGGAUCAUGGUGAUUUGGCUAUCUCAUACAGUAAUAUUGGAUUAGUAUAUGAUUCAAUGAAAGAUUAUACAAAAGCGCUUGCAUUUCAUGAGAAAGCACGUGCCAUUAGAGAAAAAAAAUUGGCUCCUGAUAGUCUGUUACUUGCUUCUACUUAUAAUAACAUUGGUUCAGUAUAUUUUGGUAUGAAAGAUUAUAAGCAGGCACUCUUGUUCUAUAAAAAAGCAGUUACCAUCCGUGAAAAGUCUUCCUCGAGAGAUGAACUCGAUUUAGCAACCAACUACAAUAAUAUUGGGGCCACUUAUAGUUGGAUGAACGAAAAAUCGAAUGCUCUGAAAUAUUAUCAGAAAUCGUUAACUAUUCGAGAAAAGAAACUGUCUUCAGAUGAUCUAAUACUUGCUACAACCUACAGCAACAUCGCCUCUGUGUAUUCCGAUAUGAAAGACUAUUCAAAUGCGGUCUCGUAUUAUUUAAAGGCAGUCACAAUUCGUGAAAAGUUUUCCUCGAGUGAUGAACUUGAUUUAGCAACCAACUACAAUAGUAUUGGGGCCACUUAUAGUUGGAUGAAUGAAAACUCGAAUGCUCUAAAAUAUUAUCAGAAAUCAUUAGCUAUCCGAGAAAAAAAACUACCUUCUGACGAUCUAACACUUGCUACAACUUACAAUAAUGCUGCCUCAAUGUAUUUCAAUAUGAAAGACUAUUCAAAUGCGAUCUCAUAUUAUUUAAAGGCAGUCACCAUUCGUGAAAAGUCUUCCUCGAGUGAUGAACUCGAUUUAGCAACCAACUACAAUAGUAUUGGGGCCAGCUAUAGUUCGAUAAAUGAAAACUCGAAUGCUCUAAAAUAUUAUCAGAAAUCGUUAGUUAUUCGAGAAAAGAAACUGUCUCCAGAUGAUCUAACACUUGCGACAACAUACAAUAAUACCGCCUCGAUAUAUUUCAAUAUGAAAGACUACUCAAAUGCGGUCUCAUAUUAUUUAAAGGCAGUUACCAUUCGCGAAAAGUCUUCCUCGAGUGAUGAGCUCGAUUUAGCAACCAACUACAAUAAUAUUGGGAACACUUAUAGUUGGAUGAAUGAAAACUCGAACGCUCUGGAAUACUAUCAGAAAUCAUUAGCUAUUCGAGAGAAGAAGCUAUCACCUGAUGAUCUAACACUUGCUACAACUUAUAACAGCAUCGCCUCAAUGUAUUUCGACAUAGAGGACUAUCGAAAUGCGAUCUCAUAUUAUUUAAAGGCAGUCACAAUUCGUGAAAAGUCUUCCUCAAGAGAUGAACUUGAUUUAGCAACCAACUACAACAAUGUUGCUGUAGCUUAUGGAGCAAUGGAAGACAAACAAAAUGCACUCAUAUAUUACAAAAAAGCACUUGAGAUUCGCGUAAAAAAACUGUCUUCUACCGAUCCGUCACUAGUUCCACUUUAUAGUGCUAUAGCGUCAAUAUAUUCAUCCAUGGAGAACAAAUCAGUUGCUGCAGAAUUCUAUGAGAAAUCACUCAAAAUUCAAGAAACGUUAUCGUCUCCAAAUCAUGAAUCGAUGGCCAUUAUGUAUUACAAUACGGCAAUAAUUUAUAAAGAUCUCCAGAACUACACAGCUGCUGUGAAACAUGCUGAAAAUUCUGUCAAAAGCGCUCGUUUAGGUUAUGGUCCCGAUCAUUCGGAAGUAAAAGAAAAUCAAGCUCUGGUAGACAGACUCCGUAACAAACAAUGA